AUGGGUUCUACACUGGACGAGCAUUACACCGACUACAGAAGCGUCUCUGUUGACGGCAUCCCCUUCUUCACUCCUAAACAGCGAGUUCCUGUUGGUUCUGCGAUUCUCGCACCGGAGAAGGGCGUCACCGCAGAAACCAUCACACCAGCUUUUCUCCCCAUCACUAUUCGCGACAAGACAUUCCAGAACCGCAUUUGGGUCGCACCUAUGUGCAUGUACAGUUGUCAAGAUGGAAGGCUCAGCGACUUCCAUGUGGCGCACUAUGGGCAGUGGGCCAUUAGGGGCAGCGCUCUAAUCACUAUCGAGGCAGCAGCGGUCACCCUGAGGGGAAGAAACACUCCUCAAGAUGCUGGGCUCUGGUCCGACGACCUCAUCGCCCCCUUGAAGCGAGUGGUGGACGUCAUCCACUCGCAGUCACAAAAAGCCGCGAUCCAACUACAACAUGCUGGCCGGAAAUGCAGUGUGUGUCCACCCUGGCUCGGACUUCGCCUUGUCCCCGAUGAGUUUGGAGGAUACGCGAAAAGUGUGCAAGGUCCUACUACCGAACCAUGGAACGAGAACUACGCUACUCCAGGGCAAAUGACAAACGAGGAGAUUCUUCAAACUAUCGAAGCUUAUGGUCAAGCGGCCAGAAGGGCUAUUCUUGCAGGGAUUGAUGUCAUCGCCAUUCAUGGUGCCCACGGGUAUUUGAUUCACUCAUUCGCUUCAUCCGCGACGAACAAGCGAACCGACAAAUGGGGUGGGAGCUUCGAGAAUCGCACGAGAUUCGGUAUUGAGGUCCUCCGCGCUGUUCGCCGCAAUAUUCCUGGGGGUACGCCAGUGUUUUGGAAAAUUUCUGCCGUAGACUGGCUUCCUGCUGGAGAAGGAUGGGAGCUGGAGGAUACCCUACGUUAUGUGCCAAUUUUGGCGAAGGAAGGAGUAGACCUGUUCGAUGUCUCUAGUGGCGGCACAGACAGGAGGCAGCAGGUACAACUCGGCCAGCAGUAUCAGGUGCCAUUUGCCAAGGCCAUCAAGGAUUUGAAGCUUCCGAAUGUCUUUGUCGGCGCUGUCGGUUGGAUCCGGGACGGAGAGACUGUUCACGAUGUGAGUUCUGCCCCUGCACCUCGAACGGCACUUUCAUAG